CAUUUAGGUUUUGUAUACACAAAGCGUUGCAAAUCGUAGAAACUAAUAUUGUAUAGUUGCGUUGCGAGAAUCGCAUUGCGCGUGCUCGGUAUACGCUGAAUCGCCGACGCGAGUUUUCGGUCAGUACAGGUAGCUUCACAAUCUUGAAAAUUGCAACGAUUUUUCUCACAACGAUCUUGACAAACAGGUUGAGAGCGACUGUAUUAGACAAUGACAGGUAUAAGUGUAGUCAACGCGUGCUGUGUACGAACCUUUACGACGUCGUUGCAUAGGUCGCUUAGCGACUGCAAUCGCCGGAUUUUGAUAUUUUGCGUUGCUUGGUGUACAAAGGGCCCUAUGUACCAAAGUCCGGACGACACGAACUGCGAUAAGACUACUUUGGCAGGGUAGCCAUAGGCGGUAUAUAAAAAAUAUAAGGAUGCAGAAAGAUAGUCGAGGUAUACGUUAUGAGGUACAGUGAAGGGAUUCAACAGUAUUCACUUUACUGCCUUUGAUUCUGUUACUCGUAUUUUUUAAUAUAUGAGUUAUCAUAGAGAAAAUAUAAAUAUUAAAAAGUAAAGUCUUAAGGAAGUGUAAGUAGAGGUUUCGGAGUAAUACAAUGAAAUAAUAAAACGGCCAACACGUCAUUGUUUAUAAAUAAUACGCAAAACACGGACCAAUCUGAUAAAACUAAGCGUACCCUUGACCCAAGGCGCGGGGACGCGUUUGUGCUCCCUCAUAAUUCAGUUCAGUAGUCGGGGAGCGCUCGGCGCGGUCGCACACGACAUGAAGCUAGUACCUAUAGCUUUGUUUAUAUUGAUCGUAAUUAUACAAACAAGCGAGUGCUCACAAAACUGGUUCCCGCAGAAUCUAGUAACGACCAUCAGAAAAGAGACAUCACUCAUCAAGGAUUAUGUCAAAGAAAAAGGUCGAAACAUAAAACAAUUCUACAUCGAUAACGUACGGAAUAAAAUCACAUCAUAUUUAGGUUUGCAACGUCAGGAAUCCGAAGAUGAGGAUAGUUCUUCGAGAUUUAAAAGGAAGUUUAAAGACUAUAUAGAAGAUGCACAAGCGAAAGAUUACAUGGUGUUCGACUCGAUCGCUCCAGAAGUCCACAAGUAUCCCUGUUCCAAAGACGAUCCCACGAUAGAAAUGACCACACCGCAACUCAUCGCGUUCUACGGCUACCAAUCAGAGUCUCAUACUAUCGUUACGGAAGAUGGCUACAUACUGACCAUGCACAGGAUACCGCAUACCAGAAAUACAACCGACCUUCGUCCGUACAGAAAAACAGUACUUCUACACCAUGGUCUGCUCGGUAGUUCAGCGGACUGGGUCGUGACUGGCCCGAAUAAAGCGCUCGCUUUUAUCCUCUCCGAUGCAGGGUAUGACGUGUGGCUAGCUAAUGCCAGAGGUAACACUUACUCCAAAGCCCACGUAUCCAAAAAAAUCGACACUUAUUCCUUUUGGAACUUUACAUUCCACGAAAUUAGUCAAUACGAUUUGCCGGCCAUAAUCGAUUACAUCAUGCAGAAUAAGGGAUGGGAUGUGAAGAUAAAUUACAUCGGUCAUUCUAUGGGUACGACGGUGCUGUUCGCUUUACUAUCGACGAAAACUCAAUAUAAUAAAGUUUUAAGAGCAGGAUACGCACUCGCUCCGGUGGCCUACAUGUCCCAUGUCCGUAGUCCGAUACGAUUGUUGGCGAAAUUCAGUGAUAACAUAGCCUAUUUGAUGAAACUUCUCGGCGCUAAUGAAUUUUUGCCCCAUAACGCAGUGUUGAGGUGGUUGUCAAAGCACGCGUGUGAAAUAAAUCAUUACGAGGAGGCCAUAUGCGAAAACUCAAUGUUCGUUCUAUGCGGACACGACGAUAAGCAGUUUAACAAAACUCUGCUACCUUUGAUUUUGGGUCAUGUCCCGGCGGGCGCGUCUACGAAGACGUUGGUGCAUUACGCUCAAGAAAUACGAAAUGCUGGCCGAUUCCAGCAGUUUGAUUACGGUCCGGAAGUUAAUUUCGUGACGUAUGGAAUGCCGACACCACCAGAAUAUAAUCUAUCUAGAAUAACUCUACCGAUAGCAUUGCUAAGUGCAGACAACGAUUGGCUAGCUGGUGCAGAAGACGUGAACAAGUUAUAUGUUCGUCUUAAAAAUCCAUUGGAACGUUACGUAGUGCCUUAUAAAGACUUUAACCAUAUAGAUUUCCUUUGGGCUAUAGAUGCGCCUAAAUUACUUUACAAUAAAUUGCUACAAUUACUCGACGAUGGUAUCGUUACAUCGAAUGUUGAUUUAGUGAGUAGUAACGAAAUUAACUAAAGAAUAAUUUUAAGUCUCCGUCAGUUAAAUUAUUUAUCUUUUUUGGGCUCUAACUUAAAAUAAUAUACUUGUAAUGUA